AUGAAUUCGAGCUCUUCAAAUUCUCAAUCCAUGGCUACCUCAACAACAACUGAUGGAAAGAAAGUACGGAAGCCCUACACAAUAACUAAGUCCAGAGAGAGCUGGACCGAAGAAGAGCACGACAAGUUCAUCGAAGCUCUCCAACUGUUUGACCGUGACUGGAAGAAAAUUGAGGAUUUUGUUGGUUCAAAAACAGUUAUUCAGAUUCGUAGUCAUGCCCAAAAAUACUUUCUGAAGGUCCAAAAGAAUGGAACAACAGCACAUGUGCCACCACCUCGUCCAAAACGCAAAGCUGUUCAUCCUUACCCUCAAAAGGCCCCCAAAAAUGUUUUGGUGCCAUUGCAAGCCUCCAUGGCUUUUCCUUCUUCCUUGAAUUAUCUUGCACCUGGAUAUUCUCCAUGGGAUGAUGCUUCCAUGUUUAUAAACACUCCACCAAGUGGAAUCAUGCCUUCCCAAGGCGAAUACAGUCUUCAUGGAGUUGAAGCUGAUAUUGGAUCGAAGGGGGCAGCAAAGAUUAGUAACAGCAGUAUUAGUGGAAUUGGAAGCUCAUGCAGAACAUUACCAAGUUCUGAGUUACUAUCAGAAGGGAAACAGUGUUCCAUGCUUCAUGGUAUACCAGAUUUUUCUGAAGUCUAUAGCUUCAUUGGGAGCGUCUUCGAUCCAGACACUAAAGGCCAUAUGCAGAAGCUUAAGGAGAUGGAUCCCAUUAAUUUUGAAACAGUUUUAUUGUUAAUGAGAAAUCUCACGAUCAACUUGUCUAGUCCUGAUUUUGAGCCAAUGAGAAACGUUAUGUCAUCGUACAAUAUCACCAGCAAAACUGUGGGAGGUGCUUCAGGAAAUGUUGCCAAGAAUCAGAACAACGAUCUAACAUGUUGA